GGAUGUCAGCCAUGGUUAAGUCCUCAUUCACGACCCUGGACGAGCUUCUUGCGAAAUUGAACUUGCCCCUUCUGCUGUUAUGGGGAGAACUUGAUCCCUGGAUUGAGCCGUCAAAGGCAGAGCGGAUCAUGUCGCUCUAUCCCCGUGCUGAGAAGAUCAGCGUGCCAGCAGGGCAUUGCCCGCAUGACGAAAUCCCGGAGCAAUUCAAUGAAGUCUUGACUCGGUGGGUCGGAUCUCUCUCCCCCUGAUGAUACUUCACGCGAAUUGCUGCAGAUGAUUCAAUCACGCCUCUGCUGCCCGUUCACCAUCCCAUCCAGAAUCCGGGUGCUUUUUCUGGCACAUGUGCAGGCUAAGAUGCCAGCUUGUGAGACUUGUAGGAACCAGCUUGUAUUGCCAGCUUGCUUGUCCUUCUGGAGUUUGUUGCAGGCUGCAGCAGGUGCUCCCAACAGCAACCUCAAGCGAGUUCCGUGCAACAUCUCACUUGCUUGUCAUGCGGUCCUUGUUCUGCGAAGCGGAUGUAAAUUCAUGUAAUGCAUCCUUCAGUUCCAAUGCGUGGGAUUCAGACGCGAAGCGUCUGCUCUUCGAGCCAAUGGGCAGAUCUGCUUUCAGCUCCAUGUCAGACAUUCAGGCUGCAGAGUUCUGCCAGACUUACAGGUUGGGGCCAAUAUUCUGCAGCGUGGGUAGUUUGCAGUCAGGUGCUGCUGAACUUGCAGGCAUGGCGAUUUGAAUCACUACCUGACUUGCAGGCAGCUGCCAACCUCUCCUCGCAGACACAGUUACAGGAUGCGGUCCGUUUCUCCCUGACCUUGCCCGCUGCAUCUAGCUUCCUGCCUCCAGUCCACGCUCUGUGAUGCACAAGCUUUGUUUGCAGGCUUGCAGACGGCCUCACGGUUCCCGUCAGAAAAAUUGCACGGUGCCAGGUGCAGUCAGGCAUGCAGGAGCAGUGAAAAAAGGCAGUAUACGAACAUGUAGAUAAAGGGUAGCAAUGCAUUCAUGACCUCACUAUAAAAAGGGGCAGCGAGUAAGCUCUUACACUGCCUCCGCACUUUCUGCUGCUUGUACAUAGAUUGGUUGUCUACCUACCAUCUGCAAAUCAUUCGGUAAGGUGCUAUGUCCAUGUCUUAAGGUCUAUCAGACAGACACGAGAAAUCCAUGGCGCCAUAUGGAAGGCCCUUGAAUCACAUUUACGGACAGAGCAUCAGAUGGCAUGUUUGGUGCCGAUUACAACUGCGUUCUUUUGGGGUUAUUUCAACCUUUUUGGCAUGACUUGGGAUAGGGGAUUCUGUGUCGCAUCCACGUGUACAUUUCCCAGUAGGAAUGCAAGAGAACAGAAGGACCCAAGUGGRUGCUCUCUCUCUCUCUCUCUCUCUCUCUCUCUCUCUCUCUCUCUCUCUCUCUCUCUCUCUCUCUCUCUCACACACACACACACACACACACACACACACACACACACACACACACACACACACACACACACACACACACACAGAACAGGGGAGUUAAAAACACCUUAUGGGGGAUGGAGUUAAGGACCAGAGUAGGCAUCUCCACUGUCCUCAAGAGAGCUUAACAACACAGAUGCUGUCGAUUUUAGUGGAGAGUUCGCCUUUCACUAUCCUUUUCAUAGGAGGGAUAGUGAAUGAAUGUCCAUAUUGCGGUGAAGGACAUGCCUGUAGUGUGCAGGUGAGCUUAGCGUUUCCAUCGCAAGUGGUUAAUGGGGACCCCCGAUUUUCAGCCCCUGACUAACGGGCCCACAACUGAAAUUAGGGUUUGGGGGUCAAAUUUUUUGUGUUUUUGAUUUUUUUUCUUUUCGCCUUUUUUUUUUUUGUUUCAGAUCAAGGUUACUGUGUGUCAAAUUUGGUGUCUGAUGGACCAUUCAAAAUUCCUCU